CGCCCCAGAGCCGCAAAAUGGCGGACACAAUGAGCCGGAGUUGCCGCUGCCUCCUCCCCGCAGCGUGAGUCCAGCCCGCUGAGGGCGCAGUCGGUUCGGUCCUUCCCCCGCUCGGCGUUCUUCUCUCGCCGUUCCCGUUCCGUCCCCCGCAGGCCAGUCCUGCCCCGCUCCGCUUCCCCUUACCUUGGCCGGCGCGCAGGCCCCGCCGGCUCCCUUUCCCCGCGACGGCGGAGGCGGCAUGAAGCUGACAGACAACGUGCUGCGGAGCUUCCGCGUGGCCAAGGUGUUCCGCGAGAACUCAGACAAGAUCAACUGCUUCGAUUUCAGCCCCAAUGGCGAGACCGUCAUCUCCAGCAGCGACGACGACUCCAUCGUGCUCUACGAUUGCCAGGAGGGAAAACCCAAGAGAACACUAUAUAGUAAAAAAUAUGGAGUUGAUCUCAUCAGAUACACUCAUGCUGCCAACACUGUUGUAUACAGUUCCAAUAAAAUAGAUGAUACAAUCAGAUACCUUUCUCUGCAUGACAAUAAAUACAUUAGAUACUUUCCAGGACAUAGCAAGAGAGUUGUUGCUUUAUCUAUGUCUCCAGUGGAUGAUACCUUUAUAUCUGGCUCACUUGAUAAGACCAUCAGACUUUGGGAUCUUCGGUCACCAAAUUGCCAGGGUCUGAUGCAUCCACAAGGAAAACCUGUAUGCUCAUUUGAUCCAGAGGGACUGAUUUUUGCAGCUGGGGUCAAUUCCGAAAUGGUGAAACUUUAUGAUCUUCGCUCUUUUGAUAAGGGUCCGUUUGCUACCUUUAAGAUGCAAUAUGACCGAACCUGUGAGUGGACUGGUCUGAAGUUCAGCAAUGAUGGAAAGCUUGUUCUUAUUUCAACUAACGGAGGCAUCAUACGACUCAUUGAUGCCUUUAAAGGAGCGGUUCUUCAUACAUUUACGGGAUAUAACAACAGCAAAGCUGUCACAUUGGAAGCUUCGUUCACCCCAGAUUCUCAGUUUAUAAUGAUUGGAUCAGAGGAUGGGAAGAUUCAUGUCUGGAAUGGAGAGACUGGAAUGAAGGUAGCAGUGCUUGAUGGGAAACACACAGGACCCAUUACCUGCUUGCAAUUCAACCCCAAGUUUAUGACGUUUGCAAGCGCGUGCUCCAAUAUGGCCUUUUGGUUACCAACUAUAGAUGACUAGUGUGAAUUCAUCACUUCCAGUGGACAGUUUCCAUACUGUAUUGAAAGCAAUGCAGUAUUUAUAAGGACAACAGUGAAAGUAUUGGAGUUGUGUCACUUGGAGAUGAAUAUUCCCAUCCAGCACAUUCUGCAUGUAUUUCCUUUUAUCAAAUUCUUUGCUGCAUCUCCUACAAAGGAUUUCUUCAUGUGGCUACACAGUUCCUGUUCUGAAAAUCUGAAUAUCUCUACCAACAUCCAGUUGAAGCAGAACUAUUACAGCUGAAAUCAACUAGCAGCUUUGCUUUGGAGUAUAUUCUGAAUGCAUUUUGCCACAGUCCCUUGUCUUUAAAACUGAUUUGUAAACUCCUGGGAUUCUGAACUUGGUUAAAAGUAUACUUUCUAGCAUAUUCUAUCCAGUUUGAAAAAUCAACAGUAUCCAUGCUGUGUACCCUUGUGCUAUAUAAAGAUGCAUUUGUGCCAUACAUACGUACGUAUGUACGUAUACGUACACACAUAAGAGAGAGAUCAAUAUCAAUUGCUAGGGGACAUUGUUAAGGAUGUUUAGCCUUAUACAAAGUGCAAAGUGCUAACCUCCAACGGGUUCUGAAUCUUUAGGAAGCUAUAUUGAUCCUCUUUGCUGUGGGCAACAUCUGAAAUAUGCAGCUACUUGGAGUGUUUGGGUAGAAUGCCAAGCAAUACAGAAGUCUCAGUUGGACUGGAUGGAAAUGCACUUCCUAUAUCCCUUCAGUGUAUGUUCGUGGAUUCUAUAAAUACAGGGGAGGGGAGGAGAAAGUGGAAGGGUCACUGUAUUUUUUUUACUAGUAGGUAUUAAAAAAUAGUAAUAUUUGGACCAACACAGUAUUCUGGAAUGAGUGUUAGUGUACUUGCCUUUCACAGAGCAUUCCAAGUUUCUAUUACAUUUGUCCAAGUACAACCUACAUUCCAAGUACACGCUUAACAAUGCAGGUUGUACAACUCCUCUCUCUGCCUACACAGGAGAUCUCAAUUCAUUAAGCCCUGGGAUAUUCUGUAUGUGGAAGUUAGCCUUUUUCAUCAGUGAGUUGGAUGAAACUCUCUACCAGCUGAUCUCAUUUUUCUUUCUGCCAUCACUGCAGCAGAAUGACAGGCCCGGUGUUUUCCAAGCAUCCUUUCUAAGGCAACAGAAAACUUAUUCGUGUUCUUUAACUUCCUAAGACUUCAGAUUCUAUAAUAUUGAUGCUGCAUUUCCUGUAGAUGGUAACGGUGUUGUAUCAGCUACCAUAAUCUUAUCUAUCAGCAGCUAGUAACAAUCUGUACAUUAAAAAUAACUCCAUUUCAAGGAAGCAUAAUUUCAACACUUCAUGCUCUAGUUUUCUUAACUUUAAAAUGCUGCUGCCUUUUCCAGCCAUCAGAACAUUCAGAUAAUGUGAAUAGCCUUUACUACAACUUGACUUUGCUUAGAAAUGUUCACAUCCUAUGGAGACAUUUGUAUCAUUGGUGCAUAUUGUACUACUCCCUCCACCCUCCAUGGACUUGAGAUGCAUGAGCCAGCCUGAGCAAUAUAAUAAGAAAGUUUGUUUUGAUGAACAACAGAAGGGGAGGGGGAGAUUUCCUAGCUGACAAUAGGCUGACUUGUAUUCAUAUUUAAACUGGGUUUUGUGUUUAUGCCCAACAGUUUGUGUCACACAGGUAAGAAUUUUUCCCGAGCCCGCUAACAUCCAGUAAUAUAGAUAACUCCAGCUCAGGGAUUUAUCAUAGAUACAUCAAUGUUCUACCUCUUGGCUUGUGCUUUGUGGAAGGUGUUGCAGGCCAAUGAGGGGCAAUUUUGGGACACAGGGCAGAAUUGUUGCUAGCAGUGCCCUUGGAAACAAUGCAUCGUAUAAUGCACCAAAUUAUGUGUUCUUUCCUAUGACCUCCUCAUCUAGUAAAACAUAAAUUUUUGCCCGUUCCUGAUUUUAGCCUUUUUUCUUCGGUAACACAAAUCAGUAGAAACAUCCUCCUUUUUAAAUCUUGAAUACACUGCCUUUGACCUGGAACUGGUUUUCAUUAAACUGAGUAAAAGUUUUUACUGGGAGUUGGUUGUGAGAUCAGGUUUUUUUCCUUUAGAAAUGUCAUCACCUGCAAUGUAUUCUGAUUUCUUAUAUUAUACAUUCUAAUAACAUACUGCAUUUUUACAUCUGUAUUUGCAGCUUGAAUAUUUGAUUUUGUAAAUAUUUCCAGUCAAGAAUAAAUUUCAGUAUUAGGUAUAAGACAGGAUUGCUGUCCUAUAUAAAACUGAA